CUCGAAAAGCGCUAUUCCCCCCACACUCACCUUCCCCUUGAAACUUUUUCACAAUGGACAAGCAGGUUAUCGGUAUCCUUGGCGGAGGCCAGCUCGGACGCAUGUUCAUCGAGGCGGCUGGCCGCAUGAAUGUCGAGGUGCGGGUGCUUGACCCGACCGCUCUCUCGCCUGCCAAGCAGAUCAGCAACUCGGACAAGCACAUUGACGAGCCGUUCACGUCCUCGGAGGCGAUCAAGAAGCUGGCUGAUGGCUGCGAUGUCCUGACGGUGGAGAUCGAGCACGUCAACUGCGACGAGCUUGCCAAGAUCGAGAGCCUUGGCCUGGCACAGGUCCGCCCGUCUUCCAGCACCGUGCGACUGAUCCAGGACAAGUACCUGCAGAAGGUGUAUCUGGCUGAGCAGAGUCUGGCCCUUCCCGAGUUUGUCAGGUGUGAUUCGCUUGACGAGGUUGUUGCUGCCGGUGAAAAGUUUGGCUAUCCAUUUGUGCUCAAGUGCCGUCUUGGUGCGUACGAUGGCCGUGGGAACUACGUUGUCAAGAGCAAAGAUGAUGCGGCCAGCGGGUUCAAGACGCUGGGCGAGAAGAUGCUCUACGCCGAAAAGUUUGUCCCUUUCACCAAGGAGCUGGCAGUCAUGGUUGUCCGUCGUCCCAGCGGACAGGUUGCGACAUACCCUGUGGUCGAGACCAUCCAGCGUGACAACAUCUGCGAGCUGGUCUAUGCCCCCGCUCAGAUUGACGGCGACAUCCGGCAGAUUGCAAUGAAGGUCGCCACUGAUACCGUUUCAUGCCUGCCAAGCGGCAGCGCUGGUAUCUUUGGCGUCGAGAUGUUCCUUCAUGAGGACGGCCGCACCGUGCUGGUGAACGAGAUCGCUCCUCGUCCGCACAACUCUGGCCACUAUACGAUCGAAGCCUGCCAUACUUCGCAGUUCGAGAACCAUCUGCGUGCUGUUCUGGACCUGCCACUUGGCAGCACGGAGCUCAAAGUCCCGAACGCGGCCAUGAUCAACGUGCUGGGCGGCCAGAAUGGUAUGCAGAGCGUGCUGGACCCGUGCCUGGCUAGCCUUGAGGUGCCUGGUGCUACUGUUCAUCUGUAUGGCAAGGCUGGUGCCAAGCCAGCACGCAAGAUGGGCCAUGUCACGGUGGUUGCUGACUCUGCCCUUCAGCUUCGUCGCCGCACUGAUCUGAUUGUCGGAAAGCUCUCCAAUGCCUCGGAUGAGGAGCGUGAGCGGCUGGCCUACCGUAAGUCGCAGGAGCAGACUACCGAUGGCUCGGUUAACGACGAGGAGAAGAAGGAUGUCAAGCACAUGAGCCCGCUGGUGGGUAUCAUCAUGGGUUCUGACUCGGAUCUGCCCACCAUGCGUCCUGCCGCACACAUCCUUGAGCAGUUUGGCGUUCCGUUCGAGCUGACCAUCGUUUCUGCACACCGCACACCUGACCGCAUGUUUGAGUAUGCUAGGUCUGCCCACACGCGUGGUCUCAAGGCUAUCAUCGCUGGCGCUGGCGGUGCUGCGCAUCUGCCGGGCAUGGUCGCUGCUCUGACGCCUCUUCCUGUUAUCGGCGUCCCAGUCAAGGGCCGCUGCCUGGACGGCGUCGAUUCCCUCCACUCGAUUGUCCAGAUGCCGCGCGGCGUGCCUGUGGCUACUGUCGCCAUCAACAACUCUGACAACGCUGGACUUUUGGCUGUGCGCAUCCUGGGCGCCUCGUGCCCGACAUAUCUGGACGCGAUGCAGAACUACAUGGACGACAUGCGGGUUGGCGUUGAGAAGAAGAUUGCUCGCCUUGAUGUCACUGGAUGGAAGGACUACUAAAGAUACGACAUGUUGCAUUUUACGAGUGUCCUAAAAAUAACAGUGUAACUAGCAC